AUGCCCCUCUCCCGACGCACCGGCCAAAUGCCCGAAGCCACAUGGACACUGGGCCUGAGGGAGAUGACGGAGCCCUGGAAGGGCACCGUGGGCUGCUUCGGCGUCGCCGUCUUCUUCGCCAUGACCAUCGGCAUCAUCUCAUGGCAGGCGCUGGAGCAGCCGGCAGAGGAGUGGGUGCUGCGGGGCCGGCAGGGGGGGCUGCUAUGGGAGCGCCGGCAUGGGGCUCUGGUGCUGCGGGCGCUGCCGACGGGGCGCACCGUGGCUGCGGUGGCCGUGGGGGGGGUACCGGCAUCGGAGCCCCCACCGCCCCGGGACCGAUGCUGGCACGAUGGGGCCCAGUUCUGCUAUGCAUGGGAGGAGGAUGCUGAGCUCCGGCUGUCCCUCGAGCCCGCACCGGCCCCCGGCACUGAGUGCUACAGUGUGCGCUGGACCCCACUGCGCCCCGAUGUGGUGCUGAAGGAUUGCUUCUCCAUGGCCAACAUCUCCUGGUACGGAGGGGUGAGCCUCCAUGCCCAGCGCUGGCCGCUCAAUGCAGCCCAAAGCCAGGCUCAGCCCUUUGUCAGCGGCAGCUUCAGCAAGAAUCCUAUGGGAUACGGGCCUGUUCUGGAGAGAUACUUCUUGGGCUCCACAGGUGUGACGGUGACGGUGCCUCCGGAUGUACCUGUGCUCCUAUCCCUGGACAGCAACCGGCACUUCUGCCUGGCAUCCCCGGAGGGCAGAGCGGCCGAGCCCCUGCACUACAGCCUCUGUGCCAGCACCGACAUCACCACCGCACACCGGUAUAUGGGUACCCGGUUCGGGGCACAGGAGCGGGCGCUGCCGGAUACAGCCCUGCUGGGGUCUCCAGUCUGGAGGUAUUCUGGCCCAGAGGGCUCAGCUGCCAGGAUAAAACGAGGUUUGAGGUCAAUGGUGAGGAGGCUGAAGCGGCAUCAACUUCAGGAUGGGGUCCUGGUGCUGGGGGAGCAGAGCACUGCCGUCCUCGCUGCUGCGGACCAUGCACCCUCAGAGCGGAGGAAGAGGCAGCACCCGAGCCGUGCCUGGGACCCUUCCAUGCUGGCCCCAUUGCAGCUCGCUGUGACACUGUCCCCAUACACCAGCAUCUCCUCCCCACUGUUCCUGCGCACGCUGUGGGAUGGACACACAGGGACCCACUGGCUCAGCCUGCAGCCCCACAUCGGGGGCAGUCCGAUCCCAUUGCUGACCCCAUGGAAGGGGCAUCUUUGUGUCCGCCUCAACGUCACCAGUGAUGCAGCACUGAGCUGGUACCUGGCACGUGCCCGGCACCUGCGGCAGGCAUUGGGUGCCACGUACAUGGUGUUUGAGGGUGCUGAGGGCAAUGCCUUCCUGGAGCAAGAUGUGCCCCCUCCUGCUGACCUGGAGGGAGACCGGUACACGGAGGUGCUGGCAGAGGCACUGGCAACACUGGGAAACACAACAGUCAUCAGUGCUGGUGUCCGAUCCAGCCACCUCCCUCUGUUCAUCCAGAUGAGCCCCCUGCACUCAGACUGGAGCCACGCUGGGAUCAAGGGCAUUAUUCCCUCUGUGCUGCACUACAGCCUCUUGGGCUACAACUUCUUCAUCCCCGAUGCAGUAGGAGGGAGCAUGGCUGGAGGCAGCCCAGGGGACAUGGAGCUGUAUGUGAGGUGGCUACAGAUUGUGACCUUCCUCCCCGUGAUGGCCUUCAGCACACCGCCCUGGCUCUGCUGUGAUGCUUGGGUCCUGAACCUCACCCGCAGCUGCAUCCAGAGGCACCAGGACUUCGUUGUGCCCCUGCUCAUCAGAUACAGCUCAGAAUGGCUCAGUUUGGGGUAUCCCAUCUUCCGGCCAGCCUGGUGGCUCAGCCCCAUGGAUCCAGCUGCCUUUACCAUUGAGGAUGAGUUCCUCAUUGGAGAUGAGGUCCUGGUUGCCCCUAUAACAGACAAAGGGCAGACGUGGAGGGACAUUUACCUGCCCGGACAUGGGCACCUCUGGAUGGACACCAACACUGCCCAAGUGUUCGAUGGAGGCACCAUCCUCAGGAACUACUCUGCUGGCCUUGCAGAGGUACCAGUCUUUGUGAAGACCUCCUGA